AUGGCAGGACGUGGCGGCCAACCUCUGGUCUAUCAAAUAGAUUUCACUGCUGUCGCUAGCGGAAAGCGCAUUGCAAGUUCCAAGCGUCGCAUCCGUUGGAGAUUUGGAUUUGCCAAUUCCCAAGCCUUGGCAGAAGGUCAAACUGGAACCAAUUGCCGUGGUGAAGAACAUGAUGUGACAAUCAUUUGGAGUGUUACCUCUGGAAAGCGAGUUGUGAUGAUGGACGGCAAGGAGACUCACUAUUCCAACAGCCGCAACAAUGUUUUCGAGUACAGUUGGACCAUGCGCGGAAAUCACGUCCUCAAGAUUCUAGCUCAUGCUUCUCCUCCCAUGUCGCCAACUCCUGGAUUUCGUCAAUAUGAUCUUUAUGUCGACGGCCAAUCCUUUUUCACCUUUCCCAAGGUCUUUCGUCUUGGACUUGCGGCCAAUGAUCCCCGCGCUCAGACUCGUUCUCCUCGCGGGACUCCGGUCCGGGCUGAACGAGGACAACGGUACCCCAGCGGAUCCAACAGUGUUCGUAGCACGGGAUCGGCCAACCUUGCCAAUAUCGAGGCACCCCACAAUCCCGAUGAAGAGGAGGCGUACCUUCGUGAGGCCAUUAAGAAUUCCCUAAAGGAAUCGGCUGCUGGUGGUGGUCGAUCGGGUGGCAGUGUGGUUUCGGCACCUCCCACCACUGGCGACAACCUGCUUCUCGACUUUUCGGCUCCAGCUCCAACCCAAGCGUAUCCUGCCUUGCCAGGACCUGCUCCAGCGCCUGGUAUGGAGUUCUUUGGAGCUCCUCCACAACAACAGUAUGCCGCUCUUCCUCCUUCUACCAAUGCUCCUCCUCAAAAUGGAUACGGUGCUGAUCCAUGGGGUGCUCCGGCGUCGGUUGGCGGCGGGUCCUAUGGCACAGCUCCUCCAGCCUCUACCUAUCAGCCACCCGCUCCGGCACCAGCUUAUGGUGCUGCCCCUGCCGAUCCGUUCGAGGCUCAGCAACAAGCUUAUGGUCAAUCGCAAGCUUAUGGCCAACCACCAGCACAGCCUGGAUACGGUGCUCCACCUCCAAACCCAUACGGUGCUCCAGAUGCUGGAGCUGCUGCCAAUCCAUUUGGGGCUCCUUCUCAACAGCCACCUGCACAACCUGCUUAUGGUCAACCACCUGCACAACCUGCAUAUGGUCAGCCACCUGCAUAUGGUCAACCUGAGACUCCACGAGGGGCUGUGGUUCCGGGCGGUCAAGACUUUGCCACUCCAACUACGCAAGCUUCCACCCUUGGAUUUGCGUCUCCAGUCGGCAUGCCUAGUGCUGGUGGCGGAGAUCCCUUUGGAGCACCACAGGCCGCUCCAGAUGCCUAUGGAGCACCACAACAAGCCGCCCCGGAUGCCUAUGGAGCACCACAACAAGCAACCCCGGAUGCUUUUGCCCAACCAGCCGCUCCAGAUGCCUAUGCUCAACCAGCUGCUGCGGAUCCAUUUGCGCAACCAGCCCAACCUCCAGCACCUUCCGAUCCAUUUGCGGCUGCUCCAGCGGCACCACCUUCCGAGCCUGCGCCAGAACCAUCCCAAAACGAUCCUGCUCUCUUUAGCAUGAACAGUUUGAGUGGACAGCAGCAGCCAUUGGUGUCCGAAGGUAUGACCUCAAAUGCGGCAUCUGGCAGUUUGGCGGAUCAAGCAUACAGCAAAUUGGUGAACAUGGAUGCAUUUGAUUUGGUCAAAGGAAAGCAGGAACAACAACGAGCCAACCCAUUUGACAUGGGAACCACUGCUUCGUCAAUGGACAAUUCUGCUCCUUUGUCUCAACUGAAAUCAAAAAAUUCCUCCAAUGGCCAAAAGAAGCCAGUCUUGACUUCCGCACCAGCAGAUAAUGCGCUUGUCUUGUCGGGAAGUCAACAGGGUAACUUUGGAGGUUAUGGUGCCCAACUUGGUGGUGGUAUGGGUAUGGGACAACAAACGAUGGGUGGAAUGGGUCAGCAACCAAUGAUGGGUCAGCAGCCAAUGGGUGGAAUGGGUCAGCAACCAAUGGGCGGAAUGGGUCAGCAACCAAUGGGUGGAAUGGGUCAACCAGCCAUGGGACAACAACCAAUGGGACAGUACGGCCAGCAGCCUAUGAUGCAACAACAGCAAUAUGGACAACAGCCCAUGAUGCAACAACAACAGCAGCAGCAAUAUGGACAACAACAGCAACAGCCGCAAUAUCAACAGCAACAGUAUGGUCAAGCGCCUCAAUCGUUUGGAGGUUUUUGA